CUCCUGGGCUCCUGUGUUACUGUUUUCACACUUGAGCAAAAUGAAUACAGGCGUUGAGUCUGAUAGUCAAAACCGUGAGCCUUUAAUGCGGCUUUAACACUGGAAACAAAUCCCAGAUUUGAUGCAGUUUAGUGGUUUUUUCAGUGUAGAUACAUUAAGGCUGGAGUUGAUUAGUCUGUGCAGGUGUAAACACAUCUUUGCGUUAUUUUUUAACGUAGCUUAGUUUAUUUCCACACACUAAUAGAGUGUAAAAUUGCUCUGGUAGUACGGAAUUAAUGCAGACACAAAACCCAGAGAGAUGGAUUAGGGGAGUCCAGUAGUCAAUUGCUCUCAAAGAGCAUUAAGAAUUUCUAUGAUGUCACCUUUAGACCGGUGUGAUCAUCAAACCCACCUCCUGCUUUUUUUUUUUAACAACAAUGUAUACUGGUUGAAGCAAUAAAAGGACCAGACAGACAAAGCUUUUCAUUCGUCAUCUCAUUGCUACAACCUGCAGCUGUUGUCAGAAAAUCAUUCUUUGUCACAGUUCUGUCACCCUGAGAAAGAUGGAAAAACUGAGCUUUUAUCUCUUUCUUCUUAUCGGUGGGAAUUUCCUACUGGCUGUUACUUGUUAUCCAAAUGGCCAAGUUACUCCCUCGUGUAGUAACAUGAUACCAGACCAUGGUGUCAGUGCCCAGACUACAAUUGCUCCCUAUAACAUCACAGCAAGUAAAAACACAUACAGCCCCGGAGAGAAAAUAACAGUGACUCUCCAAGGAAGCGAUGUUUUUGAAGGGUUCUUGUUGCAAGCUCGAAAAGAUGGAGGAACUGCUGCUGUUGGUACUUUCACUGUAACAGAUGCUACAAAUUCUCAAGGUCUAAACUGCAACGGACCUAAUUCUGCUGUAAGUCACAAGUCCAGUACAGGCCUAACAAACAUCCAAGCCACCUGGGUGGCACCAAGUUCUAGCGCUGGAGACCUUGAAUUCAGAGCCACCUUUGUUAAAUCAAAGCUUAUAUUUUGGGUUCAAGUUAAAAGUUCACAAGUGACUGUCAAUACUACUGCAUUUGGAAGUUCAUCUUCAUCAUUUAAUCCAAAUAUUAUGCUUCAUCUUCCACUGAUUCUGUUUGUCAGUGGCAUCCUGGUGUGUUACACUUAGAUGGAUCUGAAAGCAGCUGGAAUAAACAUGUAUUCAUCUUUUAAAAACCGGGCCUUGACAAACUCUGUUAAUUCCUUAUCAGUUUAACUACAGAAUCUCAGUGAAUAUUUUAUCUGAAGAUAGUCUUCAUUUAUGAUGUAGGAGUGUUAGGGGCUGGUUGUAAUUAGGAUAUGUUGAAACACAGCUGAUAACUUCAUGGUUUGAGUUGCCAAAACUUAAAACCACUGGUCAAUUCCAAAUAUCAAUAUGCAUGAAACUUUCCUAGACUGCUGUUGGUUUCUUUCAGUCAAGAAAGUUAAUGUAUGCCUUUUUUUUAUUUACCAAAAUAAUAAUAAUUAUAACAUUUUAAAUAACUCUCAAGUUUAAAGCUUUCUCUGCACAUAUACAGUACUGACACAAAUUAUGGAAACAGCAAAUGAUUUAAAGAACGACUGGGGGUAGUGAUUUUAUUGCCCAUUUUUCCUCACUCGGGCCCUUUUUAUUAAAUAUCUUGCUAUCCCUGAAUAGAUAAGUAUAAACGAAUUUUAGAACAUCCCUUUCCUUCCUCAAGAUGGUAUUUCCCUCACAAGAUCCACAGCGACUCCUUAUUAUUAUUUAUUUAGAAGACACUUUUACCCCAAAAAGCAGGACAACACCC